GUGCCUUGUCCGGGCUGCUGUGUUCGCGCAAGGAGAGCGUGCUCCGGUGGCUUGACAUGGCGGCAGCGGCGGCGACUGCAGCGACGAAGGGGAAUGGGGGCGGGGGGGCCCGGGCCGGGGCCGGCGAAGCGGGCGGUGCGCGGAAAAAGAAGGGCCCAGGGCCUCUGGCCACGGCGUAUCUGGUCAUCUACAAUGUGGUGAUGACGGCCGGGUGGCUGGUUAUAGCAGUUGGUCUCGUCAGAGCAUACCUGGCUAAAGGUAGCUAUCAUAGCCUUUAUUAUUCCAUUGAAAAGCCUUUGAAAUUCUUCCAAACUGGAGCCUUACUAGAGAUUUUACAUUGUGCAGUAGGAAUCGUUCCAUCUUCUGUUGUCCUGACUUCCUUCCAGGUGAUGUCAAGAGUUUUUCUGAUAUGGGCAGUAACACAUAGUGUCAAAGAGGUGCAGAGUGAAGACAGUGUCCUCCUCUAUGUUAUUGCCUGGACAAUGACAGAAAUUAUCCGUUACUCCUUUUAUACUUUCAGUCUAUUAAACCAUCUGCCUUACCUCAUCAAAUGGGCCAGGUACACACUUUUCAUUGUGCUGUACCCAAUGGGAGUGUCGGGAGAACUGCUUACAAUAUAUGCCGCUUUGCCCUUUGUCCGACAGGCUGGCCUGUACUCCAUCAGUCUGCCCAACAAAUAUAAUUUUUCCUUUGACUAUUAUGCAUUCCUCAUUCUGAUAAUGAUCUCCUACAUUCCAAUUUUUCCCCAGUUAUACUUCCACAUGAUACACCAGAGAAGAAAGGUCCUUUCUCAUACUGAAGAACACAAGAAAUUUGACUAACUCCUGCUUCCUGUGCACCCCCAAAAAACAAACUUUUCAAUGACAAAAAAUGCUGCAGACUUUUUGAGUUCCCAAUACGUUUCAUAGAAAAUAAGUAAGAACUAUUUUUAAAAAUAUAAAAAAAAUAAAAACCAAAAUCCAGUGUCA